GGAAGUACUUCCCGGUCGUCCUACCGAGGCAAGAUGGCGGCGGUGCAAAUUGCAGACUCCCUGCCAUGCGGGCCCUCGCGGGAAGCGGCGCGGGAGCCUCCCCCAAAGCAGGGGCCUGGGUUCCGCCGCCUGUGGGCCAGACUCUGCGCCCUGCGCCCGGACGACAGCAGCUCCGCCCGCACCGAGAUCCACCUGCUCUUCGACCAGCUCAUCUCCGAGAACUAUAGCGAGCACGGCGGCGUGGCCCCCGAGGAUGUCAGUGCUCUUCUUGUCCAAGCUUGCCGACUGGUGCAUCUUAACCAGAAUCAUCUUGUCAGCAAACUGUCUCAGCUUAUUCACCAUUUACUUAACAGAUUACAGGUGAUUGUUGAUGAACAGAACCUCGAUUUCCUGUUGUCAUAUACUAUCUCUGCUAUACAGCAAUGUAGUUCCUGGACACAUGUGGAAAUUCUCCAAGCUUUGGCGGCUCUGGUUUACUGCAAUGGCUCAAAAUGUCAAAAGUACCUCCCAGAAUUGCUAGGCAAAUCUGGACUCUUGAUGAAGUUGAGUGAACCAGCUCAGUCUGACCCUGAAGUCAGGAGAGCUGCAGUGCAUUGUAUGGCAAACUUAUGUCUCAGUGUGCCAGGACAACCAUAUUUGGAUGAGCCCUACCAAAAUAUCUGCUUUCAAGCUUUCUUGACCACUUUACAGUCUCCAAAGUCAUGUGAUAUGGAUGAUAUCACAUUUUGCAUGCUGUUACAAAAUGCAUUGAAAGGUAUACAGUCACUUCUAAAUGGUGGGAAGAUGAAACUGACACAGACUGACAAACUUGGAGCUCUUCUAGCUGUAUUAAAGAAAUCCAUGUUUCAUGGACUCCCUGGAUUAAACUUAGAGAUGCCCAUGGUGUUAUACCCAACUCUGCUUCCUCAGUAUGAUGGGCGACCACCUGCCAAACCACAGCAAUCAGAAUCCAGCACUUCUCAACCAACUGGGAAUAAAAAGAAAAAAUCAAAAGUAAAACCAAAGAAAGUCCAGCAUGGAGAUGAGGAGGAAGACGAGUCCAGUGGUGAAAUGGAAGUAUCCCCAGUCACUGGCUCGGGCACAGUGAGCCUACAUGAAGGGAAUACUCAGGGUUCCUCCUCCUUGGGCAUCCAGAGUCUGGCAUUAAAUGGGAGUGGAGCUGCAGGAAAAGAUCGAGUCUCUUCGUCCUUCAGUUCUUCCAGUUGGAAAAGGGUCAGCAGUAGUGAAUCAGACUAUUCUGAUGCUGAAGGAGGCAUGCAGAGUAAAAUGAGGUCUUACCAAGCCAAAGUUCGCCAAGGUGCAUUAGCUUGUUUUCUUUCUACUAUAAAAUCAAUAGAGAAAAAAGUUCUUUAUGGCUACUGGUCAGCCUUUGUUCCUGAUACACCUGAGCUUGGAAGCCCACAGUCUGUGUCCUUGAUGACUCUUACAUUAAAAGAUCCUUCUCCAAAGACACGUGCCUGUGCUCUGCAAGUUUUAUCUGCCAUCUUGGAAGGCUCAAAGCAGUUCCUUUCUGUUGCUGAAGAUACCAGUGACCACAGACGGGCUUUUACUCCCUUCUCCGUAAUGAUUGCUUCCAGCAUUAGAGAGUUGCACAGAUGUCUUUUGUUAGCUUUGGUCGCAGAGUCAUCCUCACAAACCCUUACUCAGAUAAUUAAAUGCCUUGCAAAUUUAGUAUCAAAUGCACCUUACAACCGUCUUAAACUCAGCCUGCUGACCAAAGUCUGGAACCAGAUAAAACCUUAUAUACGCCACAAAGAUGUCAAUGUCCGUGUGUCCAGUCUCACCCUCUUGGGAGCCAUAGUGUCUACUCACGCACCUUUACCUGAAGUCCAGCUACUUUUACAACAGCCCUGUUCUUCUGGACUCAGUAAUAGCAGUUCAGCAACUCCUCGUCUCAGCCCUCCUGAUUGGUGGAAGAAAGCCCCCUCAGGACCCUCUCUGGAAGAAGCCACGGUUAACUCACCUAGAGGGUCUUCAGAGCCCUGCUGGCUCAUUCGACUUUGUAUUUCCAUUGUUGUGCUACCCAGAGAGGAUUCCUGUUCCGGUGGUGAGGCUGGCUCUGCAGCAGGAAGCACCUAUGAACCCUCCCCCAUGCGCUUGGAGGCCUUACAGGUGUUAGCUCAUCUGGCAAGGGGCUACUUUUCAACGGCUCGGGUCUACUUGAUGGAGCUUGGAGAGGUGAUUUGCAAGUGCAUGGGAGAAGCAGAUCCAUCCAUUCAGCUUCAUGGAGCAAAGCUACUGGAAGAACUGGGUACAGGCUUAAUACAACAGUAUAAACCAGAUUCUACCACAGCACCUGAUCAGAGAGUGCCAGUCACCCUGGUGGUCAUGUUCUGGACUAUGAUGCUGAACGGUCCUUUACCCAGAGCCCUGCAGAACUCAGAGCACCCGACUCUCCAGGCAAGCGCCUGUGAUGCCCUGUCUUCCAUCUUGCCAGAGGCCUUCAGUGAUCUGCCGAAUGACAGGCAAAUCCUAUGCAUUACUAUGCUACUCGGGCUGAACGACAGUAAGAAUCGUUUGGUGAAAGCUGCGACCUCCCGGGCCCUGGGAGUCUACGUGCUUUUUCCCUGUCUCAGACAGGAUGUCAUAUUUGUUGCUGAUACAGCAAAUGCAAUAUUGAUGUCACUUCAAGACAAGUCUCUGAAUGUCCGGACCAAAGCAGCCUGGUCCCUGGGUAACUUGACAGACACUCUGAUUGUCAACAUGGAAACACCAGACCCAAGUUUCCAGGAAGAAUUCUCUGGUCUCCUGCUCUUCAAAAUGUUGCGAUCAGCUAUAGAAGCAUCUAAGGACAAAGACAAGGUAAAAAGCAAUGCGGUCCGGGCCCUUGGAAAUUUGCUUCAUUUUCUGCAGCCAUCUCAUAUAGAACAACCCAGAUUUGCUGAAAUCAUUGAGGAGGCUAUCCAGGCCCUGAUUUCUACUGUUCUAAUGGAGGCUGCCAUGAAAGUCCGAUGGAAUGCUUGUUAUGCAAUGGGAAAUGUAUUUAAAAAUCCUGCUCUUCCAUUAGGAACAGCCCCAUGGACCUCUCAGGCCUACAGUGCCCUGACAGCAGUUGUGACAUCGUGCAAGAAUUUCAAAGUGCGCAUCAAAUCUGCCACUGCCCUUUCCAUCCCAGUCAAGAGAGAACACUAUGGGUCUGUUGAACAGUAUGCUCAGAUCUGGAAAGCAUUGGUCACAGCCUUACAGAAGAGUGAAGACACCACAGACUUUUUGGAAUUCAAAUACUGUGCCAGCCUACGGACCCAAAUCUGCCAGGCACUGAUUCACCUCUUGAGCUUGGCUAGUGCCUCAGACCUGCCCUGUAUCAAAGAAGUCCUUGAACUGAAUGGGGACAUGGUUAGGUCCUAUAUCCUGCAGUUUUUAAAAUCAGAAGAAGAGGGAGAUGACAGUGGAGCACCCCACAGCCUACAAGAAAGAGACCAAAUGGUAAAAAUGGCCCUGGAGCACAUAAGCGGUGUCCAGCCACUGGCCGGAGACACAGCCAAAAGGGUCAUCAUGGGCUUCUUGGAAGAAAUCCUGACUGUUUAUUUUGACUCAGCUGGAUCACACGUGGCACUCCUAGGAUUAACAAAUCCAUGAAUAUCCCACCGUACUUUCCAGAUGUCAAGUAUGGCCAUAAGAAGAUCUGAGCUUAAGCAUCAGAUAUGUAGGAUUUAAUCUUAGGGGCAGAUACAAUCCAUCCAAUAUUUAUUUAGACGAGGGAAUGAGUUAGCAGCUAUUUUAAUUUUUCUCCAAAGACAGCCCCUUCAGAGUGGUUCCACUGCAAUGGCCAUUGUCUGCGUUGUAGGAACCUCUGAGAAUACAGGGCUGUAGUGUCAGCUGAGCAAACUGGGGAGUUGUGAAAGGCGUGUAAUCUCAGAAAAAAAAAAUAGACUUAGGAAUUAGAAGGUUGCAUAUUGUAUGUCCAGGAAUUGUUUUUCUUUUAUAAUAAACUAAUGAAAACUCAUGUGCCCACACUCUCCUGUUGUAUCAAGUUGCAUUUAGAGAAAGCUGCAGGCAGAGCUGUAUGCAGCCAGUUUUCAACGGUCCAGCUGCUCUGUUUGCUUAAGUACCAAAACAGUUCUUACAGGUUGGUAAAUCGCUGCUGCACCAGGUCCCCUCCACACCCUCCAAUAUCUGGUAGCCAAAGAGUUAACUCCGGGCACUGCAGGACCUCUAGACCAAGCCUGUGUCCAGGUCACUCUAAAUUCUCUAGUGCCCUUCAGGAGAGUGUGGUCCCAUGAAUCUUUGGUUGUUCUGCCACCUUUUAGUUUUUGCCUUAAAAGGGGGUAUGUUUAAUUUACAUAGUUACAAAGAAAGGUUUUUAAAUUAAAUUUUGAUAAUACCUGAGCAGUUAUAAAAGUAAUUGCUCACUGAAGAAUUAGUUGACAUUUAAAUUUUGCAUUUGGCUAUUGACAGCCAAUAAUUUCUUGGAGUGGAUUUUAGUCAGGAAUUUAAAGAUAUAUAAGAACAUUUAAAAUAUUCCUCAUUUAUAUUUGAGUCAGGAACAAUAGGAAUCAAAAUACAGAGAAUGGGUUUUGAUGUUACAUUAUUUAAGUAUUGUUAUUUAACUUAAAAUAUUUAUUUGCAAGCACUUGUCCUGCAUUUUUCCCCUUUGCUCUUAGGUUGCUCUUUUCUUUUCUCUCCUCCAAUAAUGUUGGUUGCUCCGAAAAUGCUGUCUGGGUGAAGUGACUGGGGAGUAGAAUGCUUAGAUUAACUGGAGGCCCAAAUUGCCAUUGGUAGAGUACCACCUUCCAAAGAAUUAGACUACAGGCACAGUCAAAACAAAAACAGAAUGUUCUUUAAACUUGCUUUUCUUUGAGGAUGGUUCCGAACAUGAAUUGAACUUGCCCUAUGAUGAAUCUUUGAACUUCCUUCUAAAUACAAUUCUUAGUAGCAACUUGUUUACUUAUAAUUUUCCUAAAGUAAAAAGGUGGCAUAUAUAGUUUA